AUGGAACCUGAGAUCGAAAAACAGGGAGGGUGUUCUUCUCUGCAAACGAGCGUGACGGUGACACAUGAAGACUCCGGAGCUGAACGACCAUUCCUGGGCGAUAGCGAAUCGAGAUAUCAACGAUGGACGAGGAGCAUCAAAGGGCUCGAGACCCGUGGUAUUGAGCCGGUGCCGCUUGAGGAACGGAUCAAGAACACCAAGUUCACAUCAUUCGAGAUGUUUCUGACGUGGCUGAGCAUGGGAAUGGCAAUAAACAACACAAUCACCGGAUCGCUGGGAACGCUGGUCAUGAAGCUGAGCUUCGCCGAUUCUGCGCUGUGCGUGGUUUUUAGCACCCUUCUCGGGGGGUUGGCGAUUGGCUAUAUGAGUACCUGGGGCCCGCGAAGUGGGAAUCGCACAUUGAUUGUGUCCCGGUUCUUCAUGGGUUAUUAUCCCACCAAAGUGUGCUGUGUGUUGAAUGUGCUCUCAUGUCUGGGCACUGGAAUGAUGAGCGCUACGGUUGGAGGCCAGUUGCUGUCCAAGAUCUCAGGAGGGGGCCUGUCAGUAAUAGUUGGCAUCAUCAUCGUGGCAUUCGCGAGUUGGACGAUGGCCACAUUCGGCAUGCAAAUGUUCCAGUACUAUGAAAGGUAUGCCUGGUUUCCACAGUUGAUAGUCUUCGCGCUCCUCACUGGGUCUGCUGGCCCGCAAUUCGACUUCGAUAGCCCGUCGGUUGGGACUACUUCACAGGUCAACGCAAAGCGGUUGGCAUUCUUCUCGCUAUGCCUAUCGAUUCCCCUGUCAUGGAUACCUGUUGCAGCCGACUACCACGUUUACUAUUCUCCCGAUAUCAAGCGAUGGAAAAUUUGGACGGUGACCACCAUCGGCGCCAGUCUUGCAUUCACAAUCACUCUGCUCCUUGGCGCCGGGUUGGGAAGUGGGGUGGCACACAGUGCCCGAUGGAGUUCGAUUUAUGAUGGCACUCCAGGGAGCCUAUUGAUGGCGGGAUACGAUCGAUUGGGACCGCUGGGAAGACUAUGUGCCGUCAUCAACGUCUUGACGAUUGUAUCUAACAAUGCACCAGCUUCAUACUCGACUGGGAUGAAUUUUCAAAUGCUAGGAAACGUAUGGCGCAGGUUCCCGCGCCCGGUCUUCACGACCGUGAGCACCCUGGUUUACGCUUCGUGUGCUAUUGGCGGUCGUGACUCCCUAUACGACAUCUUCAGGAGUGUCAUGCCUUUGAUCGGAUAUUGGGCGGUAAUCUGGUUCACGAUCGUGGUGGAAGAAGACCUCCUCUUUAAUCGAGGUCAGGGCUAUGACUGGGACGCAUGGAACGAUCGAUUGAGGCUCCCCAUUGGUAUUGCAGCCAGCAUUGCUUUCCUCGUCGGAUGGAUCGGAGCUAUCAUUGGCAUGGAUCAAACGUAUUUUACGGGCCCGGUGGCGGCAGCGAUUGCGGAGGGGUGCGAUCUGGGAAUCUGGCUUGGGCUGGGCUUUACCGCCCUGGCUUUCCCACCCUUGAGGUUGCUGGAGCUCAAUUGCAUUGGCCGCUAAGCACUAGUAGUAAUCGGAGAUGGUCUGAUCACGGGGUGUUUGGAAGUGAGUCUGUAUAACUGAGAAGUUGCGGCUGGCGGAUGUACAAGCAAGUUCUGUUAGAUUUUUCAGCGUCUAUAAGUUGUUGUAUUGAAGAAGCUUUGAAU